CCGGGCGGAAGUCGACGUGCGUGCGCCGCCGUCGCGUGACGCACUUCCUGUUUGUUGUGGAGAAAGGAGAGAAAGGGAAGCGCAACCGGCCGCCGCCGCCGCCGCCGCCGCCGAGGGACGCUCGCUGUCACCGCCGCCGCCAGGCCCGUCUCGGACCCGUUCCAGCAUCGUGAAACAUGGUGGAUUACUAUGAAGUCCUGGGCGUGCAGAGACACGCCUCGGCCGAGGACAUUAAGAAGGCAUACCGGAAACUGGCACUGAGGUGGCAUCCAGAUAAAAAUCCUGAGAACAAGGAAGAAGCAGAGAGAAAGUUCAAACAAGUAGCCGAGGCUUAUGAGGUGCUAUCAGAUGCUAAGAAGCGGGACAUCUACGACAAGUACGGCAAAGAUGGGCUGAACAGCGGAGGUGGAGGUGGAGGAGGAAGUCACUUUGACAGUCCGUUUGAGUUCGGCUUUACAUUCCGGAACCCAGAUGACGUCUUCAGGGAAUUUUUUGGAGGACGGGACCCGUUUUCGUUCGACUUCUUUGAAGACCCCUUCGAGGACUUCUUCGGCGGGCGGCGGGGACCCCGCAGCAGCAGGAACCGAGGAGGAGCGGGCUCGUUUUUCUCCACCUUUGGCGGGUUCCCGUCUUUUGGAGGGGGAUUUUCUGCCUUCGAUCAAGGCUUCAGCUCCUUUGGAUCCCUGGGCCAGGGCGGUAUCACCUCCUUCUCCUCCACGUCAUUCGGUGGAGGUGGGGGGACGGGCUCCUUCAAGUCUGUGUCCACCUCCACGAAAAUCGUCAACGGCCGAAAAAUCACCACAAAGAGGGUCGUCGAGAACGGUCAGGAGAGAGUGGAGGUGGAGGAAGACGGCCAGUUAAAGUCCUUGACGAUAAACGGUGUGCCCGAUGAGGAAGCCCUGGCCGCCGAGUGCCAGCGUAGAGGCCAGCCCGCACUGCCCGGCACGCCCGCCCGCAGCCCCCAGCCCCCCCGCCGGCCGGCCCAGCGCCCCCCGGAGAAGCACGCUCCGCCCGCCGGGCCCCGUGUCCCAGGCUGGGAUGCCACGCCCUUGGCAGGUGUGCUGGGGGAGCCCCGGGCAGGGCCUGCCUCCGGGGAGGAUCCCGGGGACCCCGCUGGGCAGGCUGAGGCAGAGCCCCCGCCCCGGGGUGCCUCCCGCUCGCCCCCCCGUGGCCAGGACCCCGCCGGGCCCGCGGCAGGCCUCGAGGGCAGCAAACGCAAGAAGCAGAAGCAGAAGGACGAGUCCAAGAAGAAGAAGCCAACCAAGGGGGUCCCCUAGCCACCCCCAGCCCCCCGCGCUGCCUGGCCCUCACUAAACCCACCUGCCCGCAUGGCCACCGUGCCUCCCUCCGCCUCCGUCCACCUCUGUUCACUUCUGCCCACUGCCCAGACCCCAGUGUGGGCCCAUCCUGCCCCAUGUGACCAGUGACACUCAUAUCCACACUGUCACCCUCCAGCCAGGACGGAUGUCCCUCUGGGCACAGGCCGCCUGUACUGACCUUCCGGGGACUGUCCGUCCACGUCAGACAGGAGGGCAGCCCCGGGGCCGCCCCCAGACACUCAAGGGGAACCGGGAAAAUGUGACAAAGCAGCCUGGCUCCUCAGUCCACAGCCUUCUGGAAGCUUCUCCGGCCUGAAGCCUGCCACUGUGGGCUGGCCACUCCUGCCUCACACUGGGGCUGCACCCCUAGCUGAGGGCUCAGCUUGUGGGUGGCCUGCUGGGCAGGGGCCUCCCGGGGAGGGUGGGCCUGCGAGCGCCCUGGAAUAAAGGCAGUUCCCACCUGG